AUGGAAUUCGACGAAAAUCAAAAAUCAGCAGAAGAAUGGGUCCAACUAAUAGUUCAUGAAAAAUCGAUAAAUCUCUCCGAUUUUCUGCAAGCCAAAAGACCCGGAAUUUGUGGCGAUGAAGAGCACGAAAAAACGUUGGUCGAAAUUGUGGAUGUUGUCAAAUUAUUCCCGCGCGAUUUUCUGGAAAGCGAUCAAGUUUGGCUGCUUUUGCAAUUUUUUUUGAGUCGCAUCGAAAGUUCUGCGUUGGCCGGAGGUGCUGUGAUUUCCGGAAUUCGACAUUUGGUUCUGAAUUCGACGAAUUUACCGGAUGGAUUUGAAGAACCUAUUAUUAGGCUGAUGUUCAAGUGAGUUGAAAAAAGUCAAAGAAUUUUAAUUUUAAAGUUGAAAUGUUUUUUCCAGAGAAGGAAAUGUUCAAAGUUGGUCUCAAAAAGAGCGCCAAUAUCACUAUGAAAUUCUGAUUUGGCUUAUGAAACAUCGAAUGAGUUGUGAGUUUUUCUAGACACACAUUUUUGUGUUCAGUUUUUGCUGAAUGACUCUUUGAAGAACCCAAAAUAAGCAAAAAGUCGAGAAUUUUCUGAAAAUUUCGUUUUUGAGAGCUCGUGACUCAUGUUAGAGAAGAUUUUAUCAAAAAUUGAAUAGAGGGUAAUGUUCUGGAGGGUCGAUUUACGAAAAUCAAAAUUUUAGAAAUAAAUUUGCAAAUCUGCACCUGUGCCACACUUUUUAAAAAUAAAAAAUUGUGAUUUUACAAAAUCAACCCUUCUGAAUUCAAUUUCCGAUAACAUGAAUUAAGAGCUCUCAAAAACGCGAUUUUCAGAAAAUUCUCGAUCUUUUGGCUCAGGCGCAGGCUGAGCGAAGCUCUAGACUGCGCCAUUUGGGGUUGUUUUUGAGCUCUGCAUCUUUCUCAGCGCAAAAACUGUACAGAAACUAUGUAAAAAAAAUGUACAAAAAUUGUGCCCCAUUUUUCAGACCUGAAAGCAAUCACCAACGAUUUCCUUUUCUACUUCAUCAAAGCUGUAAGCGGAGAAAGAGAUCCGCGAUGUUUGACGACGGUCUUCCGAAUGUUCAACACUGUCUGCAAAAACUUCCAACUCAUCUCAAAUUUCGCCGAAGAGAUGUUCGAAACUGUCGCGUGUUAUUAUCCAAUCGAAUUCCGACCUCAACCGAGUCAGAAAAUCACCCGAAACUAUCUGGCAAACCUGUGUGCUUCGUGUCUAGUCGCCUCCCAAAGUUUCGCCUCAUAUUGUUGGAUGUUUAUUGAUGAGAAGUUGAAUGAUAGUGAAGGAGAAUGUGUGGGAGAACAGGCAGAUGAUAUGUUGCAAUUGAUUGUGAGUUGGAUUUUUCGAAAUAUUGGGGAGAUUUGGAGAAUUUUGAUAGCAAAUAUUGAUUGGCUCCGUGCCAGAAAAGAGAGUUUGAUUGACACAGUUUUGGUAGCUACAAAAUUUGCGUUAACAAAAUCCUGAUAUUUUUCUUUGUUGGCGUGAAUUUUGUAGCUCUUAAAACACGUGGAUUUUCUCUAGCUACAACAUUUGCGUCCACAAAAUCCUUUAUUUUUAGUUGACGCAGAUUUUCUUUCAAAACUGGUACAAAUUUUGUAUCAGUAGAAACAAUUCGUCAAUUUUCCUAACUACAAAAUUUGCGUCAACAAAAUUCGGAUUUUUUGUUGACGCGAGUUUGGUAGCUCUCAAAAACACGUGGAUUUUUUCUAACUGCAUAAUUCACGUCAGUAAAAGCCCCUGAUGUUCUGCUGACGCAAAUUUUGUAGCUCUCAAAAACAUGUCGAUUUUCCUAACUACAAAGUUUGCGUCAAUGAAAGCCCGAUAUUUUGUUGAGGCGAAUUUUGUAGCUCUUAAAACUGGUACAAAUUGUGUAUCAGUAGAAAAAAUUCGUCAAUUUUCCUUGGUACAAAAUACGUGCCUACAAAAUCCUGAUAUUUUUUGUUGACGCAAAUUUUGUAGCUCUCAAAACACGUGGAUUUUCCUACCUACGAAAUUUGCGUCAACAAAAGCCCUUUUAUUGUUAACGCGAAUUUUGUAGCUCUCAAAACUGGUACAAAUUUUGUAUCAGUAGAAAAAAUUCGUCAAUUUUCCUAACUACAAAAUUUGCGUCAACAAAAUCCUGAUAUUUUUUUGUUUACGCGGAUUUUGUAGCUCUCAAAAACACGUGGAUUUUCUCUAACUGCAUAAUUCACGUCAGUAAAAGCCCCUGUUUUUUGUGGACGCGAAUUGUGUAGCUCUCAAAAACACGUGGAUUUUCCUAAAUACAAAAUUUGCGUCAAUAAAAAAAUUGCAGAUUCUCUCGUGCCAAAAAUUCCCCGCCUCCACAAUUCACAUCUCGCUCACCGAAAUUCUCGGCGGCCUCCGAUCCAUCGCUCUCCAUCCAAAAGAUCACAAUAAAAUCUCGCCACUUCUCAUCGAAGCCAUGACCGAAGUUGUGAUAACCGGAACCCGAGCCGGAAAAACGAAAGAAGUUUUGGAAUCGCUCACCGAAAAUCUCGAGCCGUUCGUUUUACAAGCCGAAAUGGGAUUAACACACAAGGCGCUGGUUUUGUUGCGAUGCGGAUAUGAAUGGCUGCCGGACGCGGAAGCGGAAACCGUCCUCAAGCAAGUCAUCGCAUGGAUUGUUACGUUGACGCAAGGCGAUAGUGUAAACGCGGCGGCGAAUAAAAUUGAUGUGAUCAAAGAAUCGCUCGGGUUCCUCAGAGAAUGGAUUGGUAUCUCGGCGAAAAGAUGUGUUAUCGGAAAAGAAUGUAUGGCGAUUUUUGAGCCGAGUAUCUUUGCGGCUUUCGGAGUUGCGAGAGAAUAUGUGCCGCAAGAAGCGCUUGCCGCAACUUAUGAAUGUGCUGCACAAUUCGUGAAUAAUUAUUAUGCGUCGGAGGAAUUGGUGGAGAAAAUUGAGGGGUUGAUUGUGGAUGGAUUGAGAAGUGUGCCACAAGAGGAUUUGUGAGUUUUUAGGGCUUAGGGUUUAGCUAAGGUUCCAAAAUCGUAGAAUCCAAAUUAAACUUGUUCAACCUUUCCUUUUGCCUGAGAACUUAGACUGAGGGUUUAGAACAGUCAGAAAUAGACGUUUUUAAACCCAAUUUUGAAAAUCUGGAAUUUUCCAGUCAAAGUUAGCUAAUUUCAGAAUUUUCAGCAGCUGGAUUUUUUAUUUCCUGAUUCUACUGAAAAUUUGAGAUUUUUAUGAAUUCUAUUCUUCCAGUGUGAUUUUCAGCUGAAUUUGAAAACUCUGAAAUUUUCUAUAGAAAAUGUGUUUAAAAAAAAUUUUCAGCUUCAGCUCAAAUUGAAGAUUUUCAAUCAAUUUUUAUUCAAAUUUCAACGAUUCCAGUGAAAAAAUGUACAACAGAAUUUUAAACAUCUGAAAUUUUCCAAUCAAAAUUCAUUGAUUAUUUCAAAAAUUUGAAAAUUUUCAAUCCGAAGUGGGCCACUUUUUUUCCUAGAAAGUUCCUAGAAAAACAUUUCAAAAUUUAUGAAAUUCCCACAAAUUUCAUGAAUUUUCAGAAAAAAUGAUUCAAUUUCAAGUCUUCGUCUGAAAAUUAGGGUUUUUUGAUGCAUUUUCAUUAAAAACCUGUAAUUUAUAAUUUUUUUCCACCAGGAAAUCUAUAAUUUUCAGCCAAAUUUUCAGAUCCGAAUACCUUCACCUCAUCACCGCUUUCUCCCACAAAAAAUUCGCCAACUUUGAAAAAAUCUACCAAUCUCAAAAACCUGCUUCAACUUGGCAUCCCUCCAAAAUUCUCCCGGUUUUGUGUGCAGCCAGUUGCUCUAAAGAAUCCUGGACUCUCUUGAGCCCAGAAAUCACCACAGAACUCGCAAAGAAUCUGGAAUACUUGGAGCAUUUUUAUCAAAUGUGCUUGAGAGCUAAAAGUGAGCCGUGGCUGAUGGUGAAGUUUGUUGAAGUUUUGGAUGAAGUUAUCACUGAACAUUCUGAGAUCGAUCGAGAAAAUCUGGCGAAAUAUCUGCAAAAGAUCACAUUAUUGUUACCGGAAGAGGAGCACAAUUUGAUAAUGGAUAGGAUUUUUGAGAAAUUUGAGAAGAAUCCGCAGAUUUAUGAGCUCGCGCUGUUGCAAGAUUCGAAUGUGGAACAUCUGAAGAAAUUAUCUGGAUUUGAGCGGAAGUUUUUGUUCGCGGCGAUAAAUCGGAAGGCUGUGAAUGUUGGUGAGAAAUUGGAGGAUGUGGAUUUUGAGGGGGAUUCUUGGUGGGUUUUUUUGGGGGAGGGGGGAAUUGGGAGAUUUGAAAAAAAAAUAAAACUCUUCGAAAAUUGUACAAAAUGACUUCAAUCUUUGAACGCGUGCGGUUGCGACGCGGUUUUGAACCAGAAUUUCACGGAGAGAUUUUUGAUCUCCAAACUUUUUUCGCAAUUUUUGUUGUUUACUAAAUUUCGAAUUUCACCUGCACUCCAACUUCAUUUCGAAAUCAUUUUUUUGGCAAAAUAUGAAAAAUGAUUCAAAUAUUGAUGAAAUAUAUUUAUAUCUUCCAAUAAUUAUUCCAAUUGAUAUAAUAUCAUUCAUAUUUUUCACGAUCUUUGUUGUUUAUAAAUAUCGAAAAGAGACGGAUAAGUCUCAAGAAAUCUCAGCUGAUUUCGAUAACAUUUAUCAUUUUUGCACAAUUUUGAUGAUUGUUAAUACAAUUCGUACAUUUUUCGAUAUCAUUCUUGUUUUCGAUAAUGACAGUAUCUAUGUUGCUUUUGCAAGUAUGGUUCUAUUGGUCUUCGAUAGUUACAUUUUUGACAUUUUGAUCAAUUCAAUUUUCAAGUUCUUCACAUUUUUCAUAGCGUUACAACGUAUUAUUUUUGUUUAUCAAAGAAAAUAUGUUUUCCUUGUCUCUGGAAAUUUUUUAAAACUUUAUGUAACUAUUUUUUACACUGCUAUCAUUAUUUAUAUCAUCUACGGAGAUCGUAAGCUAAUUUCAUAUUGAUUUAAGAAAAGCGAUUGGUUUUUCAGAUAUGUGUUAUAUUUAUAGUAUGGCUAACCCAAAAUGUCAUGUUGGACAAGUUGCUCCAAUGAUUUUUCAGAAAAUCGCCCAGUUCACUGUUUCUUUGAUAACACUAAUGAUAUAUUUGCAUAUUUACAAACUUAUUGUAAAUCUAACCGAUCGGAAAAAUGAGAUUUUUUAUGUCUAUCAAUUUAUGCCACUUGCACUUCAUCAAAUGAUUCUAUCAAGUUUUCAAUUGGUUUUGAUGUUUUGCUAUAUUUUUGAGAUUAGGAUUGCUCAUUCAUUCGAGUUUUAUUUCAAAACUUGUUUUGAUAUUUUCAAUCACUCACUUCCAUUUGUUAUUUCAAUGUCUUACAUCGCUUCCCGAGAGAAUUUGAGAUAUCUGAUAGUUGGAGUGGUAUUUCCAAUUUUCGAAAGAUCUUCAAGAAAUCAAGUUGGAUCUAUCGGAGCAGCUUAGUUUUACUGUUUUCUAGUUCGUUUUAAAGUAAUGUGUCUCAUGAAGCAAACCUCACCAAAGAACCUGGAACAGUGGGUAAAAAUUUUAUCCAUAAAAUUGAGCUAUAUUUGAAAAUCGGGAAUUCGUAGUGACUUCGAACCGACGAUUUAUCAUUUUUAUCCAUAAAAUUAAGCUAUAUUUGAAAAUCGGGAAUUCGUAGUGACUUCGAAACGACGAUUUAUCAUUUUUAUCCAUAAAAUUGAGCUAUAUUUGAAAAUCGGGAAUUCGUAGUGACUCCGAAACGACGAUUUAUCAUUUUUAUCCAUAAAAUUAAGGUAUAUUAAAAAAUCGAGAAUUCGUAGUGACUUCGAAACGACGAUUUAUCAUUUUUAUCCAUAAAAUUUUAGCUAUAUUUGAAAAUCGGGAAUUCGUAGUGACUCCGAAACGACGAUUUAUCAUUUUUAUCCAUAAAAUUAAGCUAUAUUUGAAAAUCGGGAAUUCGUAGUGACUUCGAAACGACGAUUUAUCAUUUUUAUCCAUAGAAUUGAGCUAUAUUUGAAAAUCGGGAAUUCGUAGUGACUUCGAAACGACGAUUUAUCAUUUUUAUCCAUAGAAUUGAGCUAUAUUUGAAAAUCGGGAAUUCGUAGUGACUUCGAAACGACGAUUUAUCAUUUUUAUCCAAAGAAUUGAGCUAUAUUUGAAAAUCGGGAAUUCGUAGUGACUUCGAAACGACGAUUUAUCAUUUUUAUCCAUAGAAUUGAGCUAUAUUUGAAAAUCGGGAAUUUGUAGUGACUUCGAAACGACGAUUUAUCAUUUUUAUCCAUAAAAUUGAGCUAUAUUUGAUAAUCGGAAAUUCGUAGUGACUUCGAAACGACGAUUUAUCAUUUUUAUCCAUAAAAUUGAGCUAUAUUUGAUAAUCGGAAAUUCGUAGUGACUUCGAAACGACGAUUUAUCAUUUUUAUCCAUAAAAUUGAGCUAUAUUUGAUAAUCGGAAAUUCGUGAGUCUUGAAUUAAUUAAAAAUCCCUCAAUUUUUGCAGGCUCGCUUUCAUCAAAACCAAAGCCCUUCUUCUCCUCGACACACCUCAUGGAAUUCGCCUAACUCGCCAAAUCUUCGACAAAAUCCAAACUCCCCAGAAUUUCCCCGAAAUCGAGCAACAAUUGCAAUAUUUGCUCAAUUUUAAGAGUCCCGAAUCCAACCCGAUUCUUUGUAAAUAUCAAACAAAUUCGCCAUUCUGGCGACAAAAAUUGCUGUUUUCAAUGGUCCCAAUUUAUCGCGAUGUGUUCCUCGCGGCAAAUGUGGAAGCUAGAAAAAAUCUGGCGUUUCUGCUUGCACCGAUUCUCGAAUUCGCUCAAAAUUUGGAGAAUUCGCAGAUCAAAGAUCAAUUCGAGAUGUUGAUGCCAGUAUUGUUGGAAUCCUUGAACGGACUUGAGCUAUCGCCGUCGAUUUUGAAGGCGAUUCCGAAAUUUUUGGCGAUUUCUGGUGGUUUGAAUGGUGAACAGGUGGAUUUGGUGGUGCAGAAAUUGUGCGAUUUGGUGCAGGGAAAUGUGGCGUUGGUGAGUGGACAAAAAUCUUGAAACGUAUUUUUUCUUGAAAUUUUGUUCACUUCAAAAAAAAUCAUUGAAAAAUUUUCAGACACAAAUUCUGGCAGCCGUGGAAUCGCUGGAAUUGUUGGCAAAACGCCAAGAGCCUCGAAUUGUUCAGCCGAAAAUUUCGAAAGUCGCCGAAUCGUGCGAUCAACUCUUGUCACAUCACAAACGGGUUAUUCGACAAAAAGCGGCGGCGGUCAAGAAUUUGUGGUGAGUUUUUUUGUUGGGAAAAUUUUGAUCUAUGUUUCCUGCGCGCGCGAAUUCAAUUUUUAAUUGAUUUUUUGCAGGGAACUUCUCGUCACAAAAUAA